AUGUACUCGGACUACACCAUGCCAGACUAUGGUCAUGUUGACACAGAUGCCAAUUCAUCAUGGCUAAACACAUAUCCAACUUCUCAUUCCGCAUCAAAGCGGACAGACUCGUUUGCAACAUCGCCCAACUUCCGCCCUUGCAUACCGAAAAAGUCGAUAUCGCCAGAGAUGUGCGCAGUAACGCCGACGACGUCUGUGUCGCCAAACUUUGCGCCAUCGACGCCAAUAUCAGCUGAUGCGACACCCAUGGCGACAUCGCCCAAUUUCGUUUCUACAAUGGCACCGCCGGUAAUGUUUGCCGAGUUUCCGUCACUGGCGGCGGAUGGGAACUCUACUACAAACCUUCGGCCAUCAUUGACGUCAUCACGUCGGUCGUGGGUGAAGAAGGUG